CCGCCGGCACUUCCGGCAGUCAGGCCUUGCGAGCGGUGGGGCGGGCCCUCGGGGGGCGGGCCCAGGCCAGACUCCGCCCCUGGGCGGAGCCGACAGGAGACCCAGGCCGGGCCCGACUGGGACGCCGGGAGCUCGCAGUCAGACGCGUCCUCGUCCCGCAAGAACCCGUGAGAACACACAAGAAGCCCGGGACGCGACCGGAAGCAGCCGAGCAUGCGGACUCCAUUUUCAAUGAAGAAUUGCCUCCAGUUACUUUGUAACCACAAGGUCCCAGUAGCUGGCUUUAAAACCACAGUAAAAAGUGGACUCAUUUUACAGUCAGUUUCCAAUGACGUUUAUCAAAAUCUGGCUGUGGAAGACUGGAUCCAUGACCAUGUGAAUCUAGAAGGCAAGCCGAUUCUUUUCUUUUGGAGAAAUUCUCCCUCUGUUGUAAUUGGUAGGCAUCAGAAUCCUUGGCAGGAAUGUAAUCUGAAUCUGAUGAGAGAAGGAGGUAUAAAACUGGCUCGGAGAAGAAGUGGAGGAGGAGCAGUCUACCAUGAUAUGGGUAAUAUCAACUUGACUUUCUUUACAACCAAAAACAGGUAUGAUAGAAUGAAAAAUCUGAAAUUGGUUGUGAGAGCUCUGAAUGCCAUUCAACCCCAGCUAGAUGUGCAGGCUACCAAAAGGUUUGACCUUUUACUCGAUGGACAGUUUAAAAUCUCAGGAACAGCCUCUAAGAUCGGCCGGGCGACUGCCUAUCACCAUUGCACUUUAUUAUGCUGUACUGAUAGGACCGCCUUAUCUUCUUUGCUGAAGAGCCCUUACCAGGGGAUCAGGACCAAUGCCACCACUAGCAUACCUUCCGUGGUAAAGAAUCUUUUUGAAAAAGAUCCAACUCUGACCUGUGAAAUGGUGAUGAAUGCCAUUGCUGCAGAGUAUGCUGCCUACCAUCAACUUGAUAAUCACAUUACUCUAAUAAACCCAGCAGACGAGACACUGUUUCCUGGAAUAAAUACCAAAGCCAAAGAGCUACAAACUUGGGAAUGGAUAUAUGGCAAAACUCCAAAGUUUAGUAUAAACACUUCCUUUAAUGUGUUGUAUAAACACUCACACCUAGAAAUUAAAGUAUUCAUAGACAUAAAGAAUGGCAGAAUUGAAAUCUGCAGUAUUGAAGCACCUGAUCAUUGGUUGCCACUGGAAAUAUGUGACAAAUUAAAUUCAAGUUUUAUUGGCAGCAAGUUUUGCCCAAUUGAAACUACCAUGCUAACAAAUAUAUUACUUAGAACAUGUCCAGAAGACCAUGAACUGCACAGUAAAUGGAAUAUGCUCUGUGAAAAAAUUAAAGGAAUAAUGUGAUUCCUACAUUUCUUAAUACCAUUUCAAUGAGAAAAUAAAAAUUCCCAAUGCA